AUGGCGUCCGAUAUGACGAAACCGAUUCUGGACGCCCUGUCCGCGUCCGAUGCGCCCAUUUUCUCCAACGAAGCCUUCCCCUCCAUCCCCUCAUCAAAUAUCAAAAGUGCGCUCGACCGCCUAGGCUCGCGACAGAUGGUCGAGUAUGACACCAUGGACAAGGAGGUUCUCGCCCUGACGGGUGAGGGUGAAGCGAUUGCCACUAAUGGCAGUCAUGAGGCGAAGGUCUUCGAGGCCGUUCUCGCCGCCAUCGAUGGGUUGAAGAUCGGCGACUUGCCUGGGAUUGUUGGAAAGGAUAACGCCAAAGUCGGUCAGGGCAAUGCCUUCAAGCGAGGCUGGAUCAAGAAGGACAAGGAUCUGCUGCGGGCCAAUGCCGAAUCCAUUGUGGACGAGACCCAGCAGCAGUUGCUGGCGGUCAAGAACACCCAGACUCUCGGUGACCAAAAGGCUGUGACCGACCUCAAGCGUCGCAAGCUCGUCACGGUGCAAAAGGUCAUCACCUUCAAGAUCUCCAAGGGUCCCAAGUAUGCCCGGGAGUUCGUCAAGGAGGAGACCGAUCUCACGGCCGAGAUGCUGCUCAAUGGGUCCUGGAAGACGGCCCAGCUGAAGCCGUACAACUUCAAAGCCAAGGGUGCCCCGACCCCGUCCGGUGCGUUCCACCCGCUCAACAAGGUGCGCCAGGAAUUUCGCAACAUCUUCUUCGAGAUGGGCUUCGAGGAGAUGCCUACCAACCGCUUCGUCGAGACGGGCUUCUGGAACUUCGACGCCCUCUUCGUGCCCCAGCAACACCCCGCCCGUGACCUCCAAGACACUUUCUACAUCUCCGACCCGGCCAAGGCAGACCCUCCGCGCGAGGAUCCUCUCAAUGACCCCCACCGUCCAAAGGCCAUCAACCCCGUCUCGGUGGCCUCGCCCGAAAAGACCAUCGAUUACAACGAAUACUGGGAGAACGUCCGUCAGGUCCACGAGUCGGGCAAAUAUGGCUCCAUCGGCUACCGCUACCCCUGGAGCGCCGACGAGUCCCUCCGACUGGUCCUCCGUACACACACUACUUCGGUCUCGACCUACAUGCUGCAGAAGCUGGCCGCCAACCCCCGGCCCGCGCGGUACUUCAGUAUCGACCGUGUGUUCCGUAACGAGGCUGUCGACGCCACCCACUUGGCCGAGUUCCACCAGGUCGAGGGUGUCAUUGCAGACUUCAACCUUACCCUGGGUGGUCUGAUUGGCUUCAUGGAGGUCUUCUUCGCAAAGAUGGGCAUUCACAAGCUGCGUUUCAAGCCCGCCUACAACCCUUACACCGAGCCUAGUAUGGAGAUCUUCGGCUACCACGACGGUCUGGGCAAGUGGGUUGAGAUCGGAAACAGUGGUAUGUUCAGACCGGAGAUGCUGGAGCCCAUGGGUCUUCCCAAGGACAUGAGAGUGUACGGAUGGGGAUUGAGUUUGGAGAGACCAACCAUGAUCAAAUACGGAGUGAGCAACAUCCGUGAACUUCUCGGCCACAAGGUCGACCUCAACUUCAUUGAGAGCAACCCCGCCGUUAGACUGGAGAAGGAUUAA